GUCAUCAUAAUCGUUAUGAACCUGAGCGACAAGUGCUUUUCUUAUAUUUCUAAGGUUUUAAAUAAAUAAAUCAAUCGUAAAGUUAUUUUUAAGAAGCUACAUUAAAAGUAAACAAGAGUAAAAGUAAUAUUUGGAUGGUUUUCGUAAUUCUUCUGAAAAAUUAAAAAAGAAAAGCGAAGAAAUAACAGUUUGCUUCAAAUUUCAAAUAUGGCUCAGAACGGAAUUAAUAAUUUCUUGGUGAAACCUCCAACCCCAAAAAAUUUGAUAAGUUCAGGUUCAGUAUCGCAUAACGUUAAUCAUUUUCAAAGUUCAUCAUAUCAAAACGAACAAAAUCAGUUUAAGUUCCUUUCACCUCAAGUUUAUGAAACAAGUUCCAAAGCUUAUCCACUUUAUCAAAAACUUAACGAACAACAGCAAGUUGAAUUGAAAACUCCUGUAAAGAAUCAAGCCGAAGCUUGCAACUCUUUAUACAAUGCUAGCAAGCAUGAUGACGCUUCAAACAUUCGAAACUUUCAAACACCAUCAAGAACAAAUCCUGAAACAAAAUCUCUUUGUGAUGUUCAGGACAUUGCAGUUAUUGGAUGUGACAAAGCAACCAAACUCUUUGCAUACCACUCAAAGCGUCCUUUUUUCAAGAAGAUUGAUUUGUUGUGUGACCGGCUUUCCCAAGAUCUUAGUGUUACUAAUAAAGCUGUCGUCAACAUUAAUUCUCAUGGCAUUACUUGGGCAAUCAAAGAUUACAUUUUCGUCUUCAAUCGUAUAAUGAAUGCCUGGGUGAUUUUACGUGAUUACUAUUACAGUAAAUCUGAAGGCAUGCAAUGUGUCCAGGACACUCUCGAUCCCAACUUUCGAGAAGCAUUCCUGGAAUGGCAAGAAGUAACCGGAAAACUGGCAAAAACUUUAGUCAACUCAUUCGAAAAUUUGCAUAACAAGGACUUGAAAAAUGGAAACCGAAAAUUGAACAAGGAGAACAGUUCAGCACCAACAAAUUUCGCCAAUUCAAAAAUGAAAUGCGAUCCAUUUCAGUCAAUUUUCGAUCCGAUGAUUGCUGAAAAUUCCGAAAAGAUUCAAUUGAGUGGUGGAUAUUUGAAGUCAGCUGUUUAUCGGCCUGUCUCGUCACCUGAAGGGUCAACAUCAACUUCACUCUCACCAGACACUUCAAAUAAUUUGAAUUCAUUGAAAUUGUUAUUCGACGACAUCAUUUCAGACAACGAAGCGUUUGAACGAAAAGGUCAACCAAAACCUUUGUAUAAGCGUGGCGUACAAGAAUCAACGCCAACAUGUGAGCGCAUGCGAAUGAAUUUAAGCGAUCAAUUCCGCAAUUUUGGUGUUGAAGAACUCUCUGCUGUUGGAAUGGAAGGAUUUCAACUUUUGAAUUCCGAAGAAGGCAAUAAAGAAGUUAAAAAGAGUUCAACAUUUAACUUCGAAGCUUUAAAAAUGCAAUUCGGUGAAAAUGGAGCUGAAACAGUCAUUUGCUUGAUGAAUCAAAUAAUGUCAAUGCCUGAAUCGUUGUCAUUCUUGGGACCAUCAGAAGCUUUGAACUUUCCCAACAUUCCAAACUUGAUUCAUGGCGACAAUGAAAUUUCAUUGACACAAAUUAUUGAUAACAUCCAAAAAGGAAACUGGAAGUCAAUCUGUGAUGUUUUCAUUCAUGUUAAAAUGUUAGCUGAAUAUGCUAAAGCCAUAAUUCAUUUCAAUUCAUCACAAAAUAUGGACACAAAAUUAAAAAGCAUCGUUUGGGGAUUUGUACGAGGAGUUGAAUCUGCAUUAGCUCGUUACGCUUAAAAAUCAAUUGAAAAACAAACAAAAUGAUUUCUUAAAUUUCUUUCCCUGCAAUUUUUAAAUAAUUUAUAAAAACUUAAAUCAUUUCCAAGUCUUUGGCAAUUGAAACUAAAUAAGUAUUGUUAAGGUAAAGAAAUAUCAAAAAAAAAACGUACAAAUUUCAUUUAAUGAACUUUUUUAAACUUAAUUCAAGCAUAAGAAUCGAAUGGCAAUGCAAAUUUGUUUUAAAAAUGUUCUUCGUAAAACUUAAAUAUUUUUUAAUAAUAACAAUAAUAAUUAUAAGACAUUUGAUCUCAACAACAUAAGUAUGAACAAGGAAACAAAAGACUAAUUGUAGAAUGAAUAAUUUUAUUGAAAUAAAUAAAUAAUUUAUUCAUCGAAUUCCUCGUGAAACUUUUCAUUUUCUUCUCGCUUUAAAUUAUUUUCUAAAUGUUUCAUGUAAAUGUCGAGUUCAUCCUCAGAUUCUUCAUUGAUUUCUUGAUUUUCAUCUGCAAUUGACGAGUCAUUUGAAUCAUCACCUUCAAAAUAUUUAUCUUCAAAAUCUUGUUCGACUUCCAACGUAUCAUCAUAUUCUUCAUUCUUAUCAACAGUAUCAUAAUCAAAGAAUUCUGAAUCUUUACCCGACAAAAAAUUGCUGUACAUGAUGCCCAGAAAUUCUUCUCUUAGUAAAUCUCUUUCUCCUGCGGUAAUCAAAUGUGCUGGUCGUUUCUUUGCUUUCAUUCCUGAUGUUGCUGUGCUAGAUUGCUGAACAUUUUCAAAAUUUCCCCAAUGUGUAUGAUCAUCAUCAUCGUCGGCAUCGUCAUUAUCAUCACUGUUGAAUUUCAUACUUUCUACUGAUGUUUGACUGUCUUCAUUCUGUUGCAUGAUUUCUUCUUCAUUUCUUUGUUUCUUCUCCAUUUCUUUGUUUAAAUCGUAAUCAAUUCCUUCAAGAAGAACAUCAACAAGUGUAUCAGUUUUAGCAUCUGGUCUUCGAUUAGCUCGUUUCUCAGCCGGCGAUUGAUAUUGCCCAAUCAAUUGUUCAUAUAAAAGUGGAUCUCGACUUCUCAUUUCAUUUUCACUGAAAUACUUUUUAUCUCUUAUGAGUUUCAACAACGCUGCAUAUCUUCGAUUUCUGAUAAUUGUUGUGUGAUGCUCGAGAUUCCAACAAAUAUGUUUCACACUUUCGGUGACUUUACAUUUCUCGUUUUCAUUCAUAUAAGAUUGUGAUUCGAAGAACUUUAAAUGCUCUUUCUUUAAGUUCAUGCCGAAUCUUUGGAGAAACUUUGAAUGGGAUGUCUCUAAAAUUGAAGAGGCAAUUUCCUUUCUAUCAUUAUAAUUUAAUUCUGCUUCGUCUCUCUGUUGACUUUUAAAAAAUGCUUUGUUUUCUGUACAAAUAUGAGUAAGCAGGGCUUCUUUGAGUUCUUCUAGAUUUAAUGAUUCUGUUGGAUUCUGGUCGUCAUCCAUUAAUUCAAGCUUCUGAUCAAGAAUCAUUUUAAAUGAAUAAGUAU